UAUUGAUCGCAAAGGAAUGUUGUUGUUUUGUUUGACCUUUGAAUAAAAUCGAUAAUCAAUCUAAAAAUAAACAGACCGGCAAAAUGUCGGGAGGCUGGAGAUUCUGUCCGGCCACACAAACCGUCGUAAAAAACUUAAAAACGCGACUAACACCGGAAGAACGCGAGAAACGAAACAAGUGGCUAGCGGAGUUCAAAGAAGAAUGCAAGACCGACUUCGGUAUGAGCUUGUACAGUUUGCUGGUGACUUCAGCGAACAACCGCGACAAGAGGGAAGCUGCCGAAGCGGAGGCCGAAAAUACAAAGCAAGUAAACCCUACAGAAGCUUUCUGUGAGUCUGUUGAAGCCGAACCAGUCGCGCGUUUCGACUACAUGCUUGAAGAGGGCACGAAAAACAACAUGCUAUUCAAAAUUCUUGCCGAACGCCUAUCAAGUCACGCCGUUGAGAGGAUUUGCAAACACAUGUUUGAGUCGAAGAAUUUAAAAAUGCUUGAACUUGACAGUUUUUUCUGCAACUUCUUCCCUAUUUAUCUAAAGCGGGCAUAUUCUUGGUUCUCUCUCGAUAUCAUGGUUAAAGCUAACAAGGCUUAUCCAUUAUCAUUCCGCUCUUUAAUGCUGAUAUUAUUGCAAGACUUGGAAAUAUCAAAUACAAUGAUAAAUGAUUUUGUUUUAACAUUGGACGAGGCGGGUAAAUACGAGUUUAUGUCAAUUGUUAUGGAGCUUGAGCUGUCAACUGAGGAAUUUAUUCAUAACCUCAUUUCCAUAACGUCGGCAUAUAAAGGAGCAGAAAAAACAGAUAGACUACAGCACUACAUCUAUAACAGUCUUAUUCAGUAUUCCACACAUUGUUUAUCAGAUUGGAAUUAUGGGAGACUGUUGCUUGCAUACCUUCACUCAAUCAGCCAUGGACAGUGCAGCUUUGAUAUCAGGAUGAUGGAGCGUUUGAUUGAAAUGCACCGAUCCCCAUUCAAGCGGCCAUGCAUGGCAGUGCUCGGAGAUGCUAUAGCAUCUCUGAAUGAAGCAGCCAUCCCGCCGAAUCCCAUGUGAUACAGGGAGUGGGUGUGGAAUGCUCGACGCAUGAAGCACUGGACCGAGCUUUAAAAAGAAGGUAAUGGUUCUUGGGAAGCAAAAAGCUGUAAACAUCACAAUAUUUGUUGAAGUUUUAAAGUUUCUCCACUUCUCCAGACCAGAGAAAAUUUAAUUUUGUCUAUGAGAACUAAUUUUAACAAAAUAUUCACUUCGAAUUUUAAUUUUAAGUAAAAAAUUAAAAUAGGGAAUGUUUUGAUUUCAUUAGGAAAAGCUAGUGAUGGAGUUAAGGGGUCAGCCGCAUUCGAGGGAAGCCAGUGCUGUCAAACUUGUCUAUCCUGACAGACAUUCAGACGUACUCUCAGAGUAAACAACAGCUGAAGCGUUAUACAAGGCCUUCUACCGGCCAUCCAAAAUUGCUUGCGGUAACUUUUUUAUUUACUUGUUAAAUUAGGAAUACAUGGUGAUGUACUGAUGGUGAUAAAUUUAUACAUGACUUAAAAUUAAUUUGCUCAAAAAGACAAUUUUGGAACUGAUGUUAUAACAUAAAUACAGCAUUAUUUUAAGUAUUAAUUACUAAACCUUGUUUUAUAUCCCAAAUAGUAAAAGGACACUGAUACGGGUCUUUUUCACAUAGUAGUAAGUAGUAGUAAAGUAUUGGACAGCUAAUAAAUUACCAAAAUAAAUUAACUGGCAGACAAAACUUCCUGCAAACCCCAGGAUUUUAUCUACCAGUUAAGCUUAUUUGAAGAUUGUCAAACAGUUUGAAGUCUAAUAAGUGGCAAGGACUUUACUUGGACAUCCUGAAACAGACCCUAAAAAUAAGAUGAUUAGCUAAUAAAUUAGUCGAUCAAACUAUCAUGUUAAUGUUGACACAUAUAUUUAAAAAAUUGGGUAAAUAUAAACCAGUUGCCUGUAUUUAUUGGAUUAUGAACAUUAUUUUAAGUCAAAAGCGAUUUUAUGGUAAGUGCCAAUCAUGGACACCAUAAGUGUCGACUGUCAACCAAUGGAUGUUCUAUCUAUUUAUAAGAAGAUAUCCUUGAGCCAACAAAUUUUCAGGUUGCUAAAAAUUUUUGUAAUAUAUAAUUAUAAUGACUUAUUCAAAUAUUGAUCAAUUAAAAAAUAUAUCAGGCUAUAUAGUGCAAUUGCAUGUGUCCGAGUGAGACACUGAUAUUAAAUUGAAUUGGAAUUAUGUUAGAAUUCAGAUUCGGUUUUUGUCAAAGGCUCCUAUCAUUAUUUCAUGUGAUUUGCAAAUUGAGAAUACAUGUUCCUCAGUAUGGCUGCAUUAAAAAAAAAAGAAUGUGUGGGUGUUAUACAACAUUAAGAUAUAAUUAAUAGUUGUUUGACUUUACAGUAUUAUGCGUAUAUGAAAUUUAUACUGUAGUGAAAAA